CAACGGCUGCCCGGACUUGUUGGACGAUGGAAGCGGCAGCGCGCACCCAACACGCGUCUUUGUGAUGAAGUCAGACUUUCUCGAGCUCAAUCUGAACGGCCAGUUCAAGAGCUAUACCCGCUUGUUCCUGUUCAGUGACAUUCUCAUUGUUACGCGACGCAAGCUGUGGGGCGCAACAGAGAAGGCUGUCAAAUUUGACGCGCUCAUUUCGCUGUCUACCGCUACCGUCGUUCCAUACAACGGCAUCUGUGCGGGCAAGGCAUUCAAAGUCGCAUCGAUCGCGGGUGACAUCGUCCGCAUCUUCCAGCAUGCCAGUGAGCCAGAAGUGGACAAGUGGAUUGAGCGCAUUAGCCACGAGCACGACAAUUUGCUUCUCCCAACGGGCGGCGCCAUGCCUGUGCCUCCGAGUGGCACUCAGCAGCUCGGCUUGGCAACAGGUCACAGCGGCAGUUCCAGCAAUAGUAGUCUUGCAAGCAUCAACAGUGCCGGUUCUGGCAAUACUCGAAUCAGCAGCACCAGCAGCACUAGCAGCACCAGCACCAGCACCACCGCCACCACCUCCAGCGGCAGCGGCAGCAGCAGCAACAGCGGCCAUAACUUGGUCAGCGCGACACUCAGCGGGCUGGCUCGACGCAUCAACCCUUCCAAGCACAGCCAGACCGAAACUGCCAAUGUCAGAGAAUCUGUAGUACGCGAUCAGCAACCGCAAGUCACCACUCGAAAGCGAGCAUCAUCCGUGGGGUCGGCGUCCGCGGCACUGGCCAAACAAGAAUCCAGCCAAAGCGCAGCAGCCGUUCCGGAUCCUUCGCUCGCUUUGCACCGCACUAACAGCGGCGACAGCAACAACAACACCGACCCAACUCUGGCAAUGCGCCACCCAGUGCCAACGCGGCGGACAUCGCUGGCGACCGAAUAUGUCGGCAGUUCGACCUUCUCGGCCCACCCUGCCGCUGCUCGACGCACCUCCCUGACUUCUCCAGAGCACGUCAUCCCAAUGUCCGUCAGCAUCAGCCCGUCUCCGCCGGCAGUGGCGCCAACUGCCGUUGCUCCGCUCGGAUUUCCAAAGCAGUCAGCUGCCGCCUUGCGGUUGCAGGAAAAGAUGGACCGCUACAUGAGCAAGCGCAAUACCCCUUCGCCCCUCUCGGAGAGUCCGACGGCAUCCAUCGCCGAGAUACCAGCAUUGGAGGUCGCACUGCCCUCGCCUGUUGACAAGACUGCGCCAGCAUUGCUUCCAACCGCCACGGCGGGAGUAUCUCCGAAUCUGCGAACGGGGCGAAAUGCAAAGCCGCGCGUGCCGCUCUCCUUUGUCGGGUUGUCGGGCGUUUCUUCAAUGGCGCCGCCAUCCAUUCCCGCACCAGCAGCACCCGCUUCGCCCUCGGCGGAAGGCGUUGCUCGCGGCCAGUCGUCGUCUUUGCCGUCAACUCCUUCUCUCCGUCUCAGCGAAGCUGAAGUUCCGCAAAUUGCGGUUUCGGCAGUAGCAUCGCCAGCGACAGCGACAGCGGCUAGUGAAUCUGGCCGACCGCGACUGUCGCCAGUCCCAAUGCACAAGAGGCUGAUGGCAGUCAACUCUGACAGCUUGCUGGAACUGGCUUCAGACCAACAGCGCGCUCGUGCGUUGCUAUUAACUUCGUUUGAGCAGACGAUUGCCGCCCAUGUGGGCGAUGCUUUGCGCUCGAUGGAUUCGAGCUCCCUCCUGGAUGCGGCGACAAUGAUUUGCGCUGCUGUCGACCAGUUUGUGGCCACCACCACCGACUGGAUGGCCGAUGUCCUGAGGCAGGAUGACAGCCGAUCCUCUGACGCCCAACUAACGCCAACACUGGCUCCAGUUGACAACCCAGAUGCGCCUGCGAGCCUGAUUCCAACGACCUCGUCCAAUAUUGUCCAGCCGCCCGAUGUUGCCAGCCCACGACCGCUCGUGCGGAUUGCUUCCAGCAGCUCGACCGCGAGCAUGGAGAGCAGCCUCUCCUCAUCCGCCCCCAAUCGCUGGUCGGGCGCCAACUCGCCAGUCCUUGCCGGCACCUCACGGUCUGCGGAAGGUCGCGGCUUCCCACGCGCACGCACGCCCACCGUUUCCCGUCGCGUCUGGGCGGCUCAAAAGUCUGCGCUACUGCGAGCCUCGAAGGAAAUCUCCACGUUGGCGCGGAGCUGGGCGCACGAUAUUUCCACGACCGAGCGCGAGUUCCAUCUGCGUCGAAGAGCCUCUCGGCAUGUGCGGGAGCUACGGCGGUCGUCCCGCGACUCGAGCUCAUUCCAUCUAAUAUCGCAAGCCUUGUCAUCUGGUGGCGACAGCGACGCCUCCAUACUCGGUUCACACGCGGGGAAUGUUGCGAAUGAGGCAAAGCAUCUGUCCGACACGUCUUCGACUUUGCCGGUUUUGCAACUAAAGCAGCGUGCACCUUCCCCUCCUGCUGCCACCGUCAAAGCUGUCAAUCCUACCAGCAGCGCUGAACGAGAAUCAACAUCCAUUGAGCAACGUUUGAACGACAGUGUCGUUUCUGACGACCUGCUGGACGAGCUCGAAUCUCGCUCGAGCUCGGACUCGGACGAAGAAGAAGAAGAAGACUUGCACUCUGACUCUGAAGGCAGUGCCGACGAUGACGAUGAUGAAACAGUCCACGUUGAAACAUCUACCAACAGUCGCGUCCGUAGCACCCUGACGGAGCGAUGCAAGGAGCUGAUGAUUGCAGCCCAAACACACGUCGAGUUUUUCCAAGUCGCCUUCGGCAUUAGCUCGCCGCGGGAAAUGCGCGCCUUGUCCGGCGCGUCAACGCCCACGAACGAGGCUGCGCGCAGCCUGCAAGCGCGCAGCUCGGGAUCCUUCCAAACCCAUCUGUCUCCAGCGCUGACGGGCCACAACGUGCUGCCAUCACAGCAUGUCUGGCGCGGUGCAUCCCCUCUGUCGCGGCUGGGCCGUCGGAGCAACUCCACGACUGACUUGCUCCACUUGCUAAACGCCGAUCUGACGUCCUCCAUCACCUCCUCGCCCCUUCCGCUCGCCCCAGACACGUUCUUUGCAUCCCCACCCGUCUCGCGUUCCGAGUCGCCAGUGCCAACGCUCGUCGACCCUACACCCUCCGCCGCACCCGAUCCGCUCCUUUCUUCUGCGGCCGAUGCUGCGGAAACCGGGCCGAGCGCCAUCCCUCGCGACGUCCUGCGCCCUUCUGGGCGGUCAAACUCAGAGUCUGGCUUCUGGGGCACCUCCAAGGCGGAAUCGCCCGUCGUCAUUCGCCGUUUGCCUCCGUAUGCGCUCCGGCGGCGUCGGAGCAGCGAGCUGAUCCUGACUACCAAAGUCGCUUCAACGACGGCAGAUCGUCCGCUGUCUUCCGAGUACGCCCUGGGAAUGUUCCCUGCUCCCCUCGGAAACCAAAAGCCCCUCGCCGCCGUCACCAGCAGCGAGUCGCCUGCACCCAAGCAGGAUUCACCAAUACAGACUCUCCAGCAGCAGCAGCAAGACUCUCCCGCCGCUUCGCCCGCUACUCCUGUGGCAACUGGCUCCAGCCCUUCCAUGCGCCCGCGCAAGUCUUCCCGCCCUGCGGCGCUCGAUUUCAGCAGCAUUUCCUCGCAGCACGACACGGACGACUCGGCGACUGUCACUGCCACGGAGACGCUGACGUCCUCUUUCAGCGCACUCCCUGCAUCGGCACCAGCAGCUGCGGCUACAACAGCCACGCGGGACGGCGAGCAGCAGCAGCCCAGUGUUGACGCCAGAGUUGAAGCGGCGGCAGACGAUACCGCCAAGCUGUUUGCUCCAUUCGAGCAUCAGUAUUCUGCCGAGGGUCUGCCAAGGGACUUUUCACUCGAGUACUCGCUUGACCACCCGAUCGUCAGCGAUAGUUCGUCUGAUUUGGCGCAAUCACGCUCGUCGUCCGUCUCCUUGUACAGCGUCAGCUCUGUCAGUUCGGAAGCAGACUCGCCGCGACAUCGCCGUUCGGAGCCCGUCUUGAGCCUGCGCAGCCGCGCUUCGCCUUCGUCGGACAGCCUGGCGUCUUCAGAGUCUAUCGAGCGAACGCUGCUCGCAGGAUUCAAAGCCAGCAGGGUUUUGGGCAUGACGACGCCAAACAAAGCGACUCGGGACACGAGCACUGGGCACGAGCCACACGCAGACCACUCUGUUGAGCUCUCUGACAGCAAGUCUGGCAAGCGUCGCGGCCACCAGCGCUAUCACAGCGAGGGCAUCAAGGCCAUCAAGCUGGAGCGCAAACAGUCCAAUAAACUGCCAGCGUCCGCUUCUGCCGUUGAAGAGGGAGCACUCUCCUCUGGCAAGGCAGCACGUUUGAGCCGCUUGUUUACUGCGUCUCCCAAUUUGACGCACUCUGCCAGCAACGCAUCCUCGUCGUCCUUGUUCUCCCGGUUUAAACAUCGCUUGCGUCUGGACGAAUCUGCGAGCGACGUCCCGAAAGCAUUCAGCUAUUCGAACCUGCAAUCACCGACGGCUCACUCUGGAGCUUUGGCCUCCCCCGCUUCGUAUCAGCAGCUCGCUUCUUCCCUGGCUGCUGGCGCGACCCCUCCACGCGACAACAGCAACAGCAAAAAAAGCUCCGCCCAGUCGCUUCCUCUGGCCACCAACUCCACCGGACUUGCUCGCUCCCAGUCUCACCAAGCCAUUCGGGUUUCGCAGCAGCCGAGCGGCGACUCGAGCGGCAACGUCCCCAUGAGCAGGUACUUUUUGUCGGCGCCGAGCUCGUCCGCCAGCGUCUUGUUGCCCUACACGACUGGGAUUCUACUCCCAGCGCUGGCUUUUGCGGACGACGGAUCCGAGUUUGACAUUGUCAAGAUGCAAUCCAGCCUCGUCGCGCGGCAGCUGUGCCUCAUGGACGCCGACCUCCUGUCGCGCAUCACCUUCUCAGAGUGCAUGUCGCUCGGCUGGACGCACAAGGACAAGAUGGAAAAGUCGCCGAACGUGAUGGCCAUGAUUGAUCGGUUCAACCACAUUGCCCUGCUCGUCACCUCGGAGAUUCUGCGCCGCGAAGAUGCCGAGCGUCGUGCAGCGACCAUUGCCAAGUUUGUGUCGAUUGCAGAAAAUGUUGCCAAGUUGGGCAACUUUAACUCGCUCAAAGCCGUGCUCACCGGCCUGCAAUGCACCCCGAUCUAUCGCCUCAAGCGCACGUGGGCGGUCGUCUCCCAGCGCAAGCGCAAGACAUUCCAGGAUUUGUCCGAGCUCAUGUCGGAAGAGGCCAAUCACUCUCGCUACCGCGAAGAGUUGCAGCGGCUCCACAGCAAAGGGCAGCCUUGCGUGCCGUACCUGGGCAUCUUCCUGACAGACCUCAUCUACACUGAGCAGUUCUUUGACAACGUGCCCCAGAGCAGCUCUGCCAGCACUGUCAGUGGCAGCACCAGCCUCACGAGCCUGUCGGCCACCAACGCGUCUUUGCCUGUUGGUGCGACUGCUCGGCCCAAGGAGCAGCGAAUGGCUGCGACCAUCGAAAGCUUCCAGCACUUCCAACGGAUUGGUUAUGCCUUCCCGCCGAUCCCCGAGAUCCAGGCCCUGUUUUUGAACACGCCGCACAACUCGGAAGAGGUCAACUACUCGGCAUCCCUUGCUCGCGAGCCCAAGGAGUCGGCCAAGCCCAAGCCGCCCGUUGUUGUGCCGGAUGCCGACGAGCUGGACCAACUCGAUCUUGAUGCGCUCAAGCUUCGACUCGAGGCGCUCGACCGCGAGCUCAGUCGCCGUCUCGCGGACAUGGACAAUCCAGCCGCUGAUAGCAACGACAUGUGGGAGUUGACCCGUCUCUUGACUCAGCAUCGUCGUCGGCUCAAAAAGCUGGAACGCGCCAGCAAGGCGGCAGCUCGGGCACCCGAUGAUCAGGCGGCCGCACUGGACGCAUUGGGCGCCGCCCAGGAAACGCAUCUGUCCACCUUGCCAGAUGAGGUUUCGCGCUCAUCGUCGAUGCACUCCUUCCUGAGCGAAGACAGUUUCAUGCUGACCCAUUCCCCGUCGUCGCUGUCGAACAGCGUCAGCGAGGAGCGGGCGAGCCGGACAAGCUCCACUGCGGGUGGAAACGUGUCGGGCAUGACUUGGUACAACGUUGACUCUGCGUCGUCGGAUGAUGCCCCGCGUCCGGCUGCUGCGCUGCACCGGUUGCCAACUUUCACCAUCACGAAAAGCGAGAGCAUGGAUACGGACAAUGCGCUGCUGCGAGACUUGUCCGACGCCUCGACCUCGUCCGCGAGCGAGGCGAUACGAGGAAUGCAUGCAUUGGAGCCUGACGAAAUGAAUGCUGCCGCCAACAGUAUUUCUGCGCCGAGCUCGGUUGUCGCAACUAGACGCGUGGCGCGUUCUCAACAGCGCCCGUACUCUGUCGGGACGGAGCUCUCGCCCUAUUCCCGCAUUUUGACUGUCCCUGCUGCGUCUCUUUCAGGACGAACGUCGCCGAAUAGUGCUGCUGACGAGGAGGGGGAGGGUACACCGGUCAAUGAGGAUUCGUCCCAGCCAACCAGCGCAUCCUCCUCGCGAGCUGCCUCGCCUCCUCCCACUGCGGCACACAUGCUGCGUUCUCGCUCGAACAGCGCUAUUUCUACCGAUAGCACCGACGUGUAGCGGCACAACUACACUUUGUUUGUUUCUACAUUGCGCUUUUUGGCAUAUGUUGCCUUCCCGCACCGCUCCCUCUUGUGGGAGUGCUCACCAUCCCCUUUUCCACGGACUCGAUGCCUGUGGUUGCUAUACAUUCAUUAUUUUAUCCUGUGUUUCUGCUGUUUUGUUUCAUG